CAGAUGAAAGGGCUAUCCGUGUACAACAAAUCAUCGAUGAAUUCGGUUUAAGUAGAGUAGCCAACUCUAAAAUUGGUACUGUAUUUAUACGUGGUGUGUCAGGUGGUGAAAAACGACGCGCUUCGAUUGCUUGUCAAGUUAUAACCUUACCAAAGAUAAUAUUUUUGGAUGAACCGACUAGUGGCCUUGAUUCUGCUGCCGCUUAUCAUGUUAUGAAAUCUAUUGGUGAAAUGGCUCGAAAACAUAAAUUGACUGUGAUUGCUAGCAUUCAUCAACCUUCAACAGAAACUUAUUCUCUAUUCGAUAAAUUAUGCUUGAUUGGUCGAGGUCAUACUUUAUAUUUUGGUAAACGUGAAAAUGCUACUUCAUAUUUUGAAAGUUUAGGUCAUGUAUGCCCUCCUUAUGCGAAUCCUGCAGAUCAUUAUCUUCGUUUGAUCAAUUCUGAUUUCAUGGUGGAUAAGUCUGAAGCUGAAAAACAUAUUGAUAAUUUUAUCGUUUCUUUUGAACAAUCAAAAGUACAUUCUAGUACUUUAGCUGAAAUUCGUAAUAUUACCAAACCUAAUAUGUAUUUAAAAUCUCGUUCAACUAGUCGUUAUGCUCGUAGUUUUUUUGCCCAGACCUGGUUUUUAACCGUACGCUCGUUCAAGAAUGCUAUGCGUAACAUUUUAAUGUUUUGGGUUCGUGUUGCUAUGUACGUGUGUCUAGGUAUUUUGAUGGGUAUUACUUGGUGGCAAGUCGGCUAUAAGCAAGAAAAUAUUCAAGAUCGUUUCGCAGCUCAUUUCUUUUCCGUUGCAUUCCUUGCUUUUAUGAGCGUUGCUGGUAUCCCUGGUUUCUUGGAAGAACGUUUGGUAUUUCAACGUGAACGUGGAAAUAAUUUUUAUUCAGUUGGUCCUUAUGUAUUGGCUAAUACAAUAAUCGCUAUUCCAUUUGUAAUGAUCAUUGCCGCUUCAUUUACUGCUGUGGCCUACCCUAUGAUUGGUCUACAUGAUAAUCUUGAAAAUGCGAUCCGCUUCGGUUUUUAUCUUUUCCUUGCUCUUAUCGUGGCUGAAUCAAUGGUCGUUUUUAUUUCAGCAGUCAUCCCUAUUUUCGUUGCCGCACUUACUUUGGUUGCUUUCGCUAAUGGUUUCUUCAUGGUUGUCGAAGGUUUCUUUGUAAGGCGUGACAAAAUUCCUAAAGCUUUGAAAUGGGCUCAUUAUUUGGAUUAUCAAAAAUGGGCUUUUGAAGCAAUUAUUCAAAAUGACUUUGUUGGUUUGACUUUUGAAUGUGAUAAAAUUUCCGAUAAGCCCCCUCACCAAUAUGAUUGUAAAUAUGGUGAUUUAACGGGUAAUAGCUCAACUUUUACAGGUCAAGAUGUAUUGAAUAGUUUUGGUUACACUGAAAUCGAUCUUACGAAAUGGGCGGUAUGA